CAUAAUAAACAUCGAUAUUGCCCGCCUUUUAUGUCACGAAUUUCCUGUGAAGACCGCCAAUCUACUUCCUUAUAAAUAUCAUACCCAGCAUACUUUAUAUUUUGACAUAAAAGUGCUAGGAUUCCCACCUAUCGAAUGGUAGGAUCACUUUCCAGAUCUGAGAUACAAGAAAAGUUGUUCGACAUCUGAAAUUGGAAAGCGUCUUAUAAUUGGAAUCUAGAGAAAGGAUCCCGUAUUCGUUACAAUCUAAAGUCUUCAACUCUGAAGCAAAUGCAUUGCUUUUAGCUAUCACCUGCUCUUUAACGCGUGGAGUAAAAAUUGCCGACAUUAUCUAUAGGGCAUUCAGUCAAUAUCUCAACACAUCUUUCUUUACUGGUAUCAACAAGAUUUGUAGUAUUUUUCCCAUCAAACCUUCGUGUACGAACAUCAAUCUAGAUUUGUCAAAGUAUUAGGUUUAGGCAAGCAUUAAUUAAAGAAGUUUUAUCUUCUUUGAGUUUAAGAUUCGUUUUUCACAGAGAAUGUCCGAAUCCAGGCAUUUGAGUGGGGUACAGAUUUGGCUUAUGGUUGCGUGCCUUAUGGUUGUUGUUGAAUACUCGACAUGCGGUCUCCUCAAUCAAAUGGACAUCAUCAGAUACAGGAAUGCAGACAAAAAGAGUGGUUUAAACUGUAGACAGUGUUCAGUAAACAAGGAAUAUCUCAUCUCGCACAUGGAUACUUGCAAAAAUAUCUGUACUCGGCCUUUAGGUAAGAGAGGAUUCGAAUCUGAAGAAGUACAGGAUAUCAACAAUGAGAAUAACCCAUCUGUUCUGUCAAAGAAAUGUGUGAUUGAUCCCCUAUAUUAUGCUCUAUCUGAGGAAGGCAGGGAACAAGUAAUGCAGGUCUUGACGGAAUGGCUCUGAUGGGAAAACUAUCAAAAAGUUACAAAAUUUACAUCUUUUCCAAUAUGUCUGUGAAAUUUGUAGUCAAAUAUUAUUAGAAUGAUACUUUAUGUAAAUGUUCUAUUGAAAAAAAGAACCAUUAUCAGUACUCUAUAGAUGAAUUUUAGGAGAAGUCUAAACUGUUCUCACUGUAUAUACGCGAGAAUUGAUAGUGGGAUAUAUCCUUUAAUAACUUGGGCACAAUCAUACCUCAUAAUGAUGACUGAAAGAAAUAACUCUCGUUGACUUU